CAAAGACGACGGAGCUUUGUGCUUCAGUUGGCUUUCUCUAAAGUCUCAAGGAGCAACAUCUUAGCGAAAACAAAUCCAUCAAGAGUUUUUGUACAGCCUUCACUCUCUUGGCAGUAGUGCGGUUGUGUUUUAAUUGCGGGUUUUAUAACAACGACGUACCAUUUUAUAAACAACACGUGGCUGGCGCGGUAUGAGCAAGGGGGCGUCGCUUCCAUGGAUUUGCACAGUAUUGGUGGCGUUGGACCUGGACUUGGAACUGGACUUUCGGAAUCAGUUGUCUGAAGCUCCCUAAUUAGGGAAGGCUCGGGAUAGAUACUUUUGACGUAAACCGGAAGUGAAUUGAAAACAAUAGAAAACAUAGGAAUGGAAACGAGGCUUAAAGUCCCUUGAGGUGUUCAGAUGACAAAUAUCAAGGGAUUCCCUUCACCUCAAUUCAAGAAAAAUUGCUUGUCAGUAGGAAAAGUACAUUUUCUUGCUUCUUCCUAAGUUACUUCCGGUUUAUGUCGUACGCAUGAGAUUGGUUCAAAAUAAUCACGUGGUCAAAAAUACCGAGAAUCAAUCGCACGCACUGACACGACAAAAUUUCUGGACGACAAGAUACAUCUAGUAUGUAUACGUUAUACUAGUUAUAUUAGUACGAUGAUUUGAAUAGCUACUGUAUUAUACAACCUUAAGAAGUUGUUUUUAACUUAUUUCGUCAUGAGCCGUUCGUUGAAUGACAUACCGAGAACCACACCAACAGAUUUGAAACCCAAAGCACAAAGUAUUGCCAUUCCAAUAAGGUCUAGUACAGAAGGAAUAGAUGAAUUCUUUGAUCCACCGUUGGAAAGGAAGUACGAAUGUCCCAUCUGCUUGCUUGGAUUGAGAGAACCAGUACAAACGCAGUGUGGACAUCGAUUCUGCAGAAACUGUAUUGUACGUUCUUUAAGAGAUGCCGGUAACAAGUGCCCAGUUGAUAAUGUACCUCUCUCAGAAUCCGGACUCUAUCCAGACAACUUUGCCAAGAGAGAAAUGGGUAUGUUCACUGUAUGGUGUAGAUAUCAUAAAGAAAGAGGAUGUCCAUGGAAAGGAACACUAAACGAACUGGAGAGUCACUUAAAGAGCUGCCCAUAUAGUGACGUCACAUGUCCAAACAAUUGUGGUACUGUUGUUCAACUGAAAGAUAUUGAGGAACAUAUGUCUAUUUGCCCAAAACGAAAAGAAAAAUGUGAAUUCUGCGGAAAGUUGGUUUUAUUUACAGAAAUGAAGAGUCACCACAAAGAAUGCCCAAAAUUCAAGACAACCUGCCCGAAAUGCAAAGAAAAAAUCACAAAUGAAGAGCUCGCCAAUCAUCGUGAGAAAGUCUGCCCAAAGGAAAAGAUCAAGUGCCCGCUGCAUUUCAUGGGAUGCAAAGAAGAGAACUUUAUCCCAGAARUCAACAAGCACAUUGCUUCAAACGUUGCCAGCCAURUUCACGAUAUUGYYAAAGCUGUGAAGGAACUACAAWUCAAAGUYGAUAAYCAAGCUAARCCUACUAAAGCCGUCGAAGAGGGAGCGCGUGGAGGWCAAAARAGCAGCGCUGGCUACAGUGGAUACUCUGAAGAUCGUCUCUUUGARAACACAAUUCURUUGCAGCCCGAUUUGAAGAGAUUGAGUGACAGGAUGACACGUCUUGAGACUCGUGUGAUUGACCUCGAGGGGCGUGUAUCCAAUGGGACAUUUGGCCGUUCACUGGUCGGAUUACACUUGCCAUACUCGACCAAAGCGAGAACGUUGAGUUCCGUCGACCAAUCAGCGAGACGCUAGUGGCCAAACCAAACUUGCUGGCCUUCCAGAAACCGACCACCCAUCGUAAUCACAAAGGGUACGGYUAUGUGGAGUUCUGUCAGAUAGAUCAGUUAGUACAGGAGCAGUUCGUUAAGAACAACUCCAUGUUAGUUCGCAUUCAAGUGUUUCACUGAUCGCGCUGYYUGAUCUGUCAAUGUGUCAUYCGAUUGUCACUUUAAWCWUUCCRCACUAACGUUGAAGCAAGGGUGGCCAAGCGAUGAGCUCCGGCCUGUCACCGCUGUGGUCCCGGCUUCGAUUCUGACUUGGGAUCAUAUGUGGCUMGAGUUUGUUUCCGUUCUCUCCCUUGCUUUGAGGGUUUUUUCUCCGAGUUCUCCCUCAGCAAAAACGGAAUAUUUCGAUCCUAGCUGUGCUCCGUGAUCAUAUAUAGGUCGGCUGGUUGGCUGCUUUGUGUGUGUGUUGUAUCAUAACCGACUCGAUCACGUGAGCUGCGUCCUUCGUAAUUAAGCACGCGGAAUGCAAGGAUAGGCGAUUAGCUACCACCAAUUUAAUUAAUUUGAUUGACUAAUAGCCGACUUGACGACGAUAUUUUGGUUCAGUGACCAUGCGCAAAAGAAUUGCUCCGGGAAAAUAAAAGAAUAAAUCAAGAUUAUCCAUUGUUUUCCCCGAGACUCGUGUGCGUUCUUUUUUUACAUAGACAUCGAACCAAAAUAUCUAAAGUUGACUAUUUAACCGACAGCAGUUCAAUGCCGGCGAUUUUUCCCACAUCAUUAUUAC